AUGGAUGCUCUGCUUGUCUGCGGGCGCCGGGGGCGGGGAAAGACUCGCUCUGCUGGGCGCUGGCCCCGCCCGCGACCCGGCGGGAGCCCGGGGCCGCCCCCUUCCUCCCUCACUGGCGCUGGGCUGAGUCCCGAGUCGAGAAACCUCGCAGGCUCUGAGCUCCCUGUCUGGGUUUUGGGUGGCUGCAGCCUGAGGAGGAACAUGGCGCUCGUAGGCAACGGAGCAGAGCUGGAGGCGGACGAGGACAUCUUUGAAGAUGCAUUGGAAACCAUCUCUAUGUUUUCUCGCACAGAUAUGGCAGCAAGCAGCCAACCCUUUGCAUCACUUGACACAAAACAGCCCACUGGACGGCACGGAUCAUCUAACGUGAACAGGUCAACAUCAGUGAAGGUGGAUCUCAAGUGUGGCCUAGAAGAAUGUUCAGUGGCAUUGAACUUAUUUCUGAGUAACAAAUUCACGGAUGCCUUAGAGUUGCUUCGACCAUGGGCUAAGGAGAGUAUGUACCAUGCCUUGGGCUACAGUACUAUUGUGGUGUUGCAGGCCGUCCUGACCUUCGAGCAACAGGACAUCCAAAAUGGCAUUUCUGCCAUGAAGGAUGCAUUACAGACCUGCCAAAAAUACAGGAAAAAAUGCACAGUUGUGGAAUCGUUCUCAAGUCUUCUUUCUAGGGGCUCAUUGGAACAGCUGACUGAAGAGGAAAUGCAUGCCGAAAUCUGUUAUGCCGAGUGUCUCCUACAGAAAGCAGCACUCACGUUUGUGCAGGAUGAAAAUAUGAUCAACUUCAUCAAAGGUGGACUCAAAAUUAGGACAAGUUACCAAAUAUAUAAAGAAUGUCUUUCUAUCCUGCAUGUAAUUCAGAAGAACAAAGUUGAGCAGCAGUUCUUCUAUGAGUUUGAAGGGGGUGUCAAGCUUGGAAUAGGUGCCUUUAAUUUGAUGCUCUCCCUUUUACCAGCACGGAUUAUCAGACUACUAGAAUUUAUAGGAUUUUCUGGAAACAGGGAGUUGGGGCUCCUGCAGUUACAGGAAGGCGCGUCAGGAAGAAGCAUGCGGUCCCCACUGUGCUGCUUAACUAUUCUAGCUUUCCACACUUAUAUCUCCCUGAUACUUGGUACAGGAGAAGUGAAUGUUCUGGAAGCAGAGAGUCUCCUUGCACCCUUCCUCCAGCAGUUUCCAAAUGGCUCCCUCAUGUUGUUUUAUCAUGCCCGGAUAGAGCUGCUGAAGGGAAAUGUGGAAGAGGCACAAGAGAUACUUCGAAAAUGCAUUUCAGUUCAAGAAGAAUGGAAACAGUUUCACCAUCUCUGUUACUGGGAGCUGAUGUGGAUUUAUGUGUUUCAACAAAACUGGAUGGAGGCAUAUUACUAUUCUGAUCUGCUUUGCAAAGAAAGUAAAUGGUCCAAGGCAACAUACGUAUUCUUGAAAGCUGCAAUUUUGAGUAUGCUUCCAGAGGAGGAUGUCAUAGCAACUAAAGAGGAUAUAGUCAUCUUAUUCAGACAGGUGGAGAGUCUGAAGCAGAGAAUUGCGGGGAAAUCCAUCCCCACCGAGAAGUUUGCUGUGAGGAAGUCUCGACGUUACUCCUCUUCGUUGCCUGCACCUGUGAAGCUCGUCUUGCCCGCCCUGGAAAUGAUGUAUGUCUGGAAUGGUUUUCCAAUAGUGAGCAAGAGAAAAGACCUUUCUGAAAAUCUGUUGGUAACUGUUGAAAAGGCUGAGGCUGCUUUACAAAAUGAAAGUUUGAGCGACUACUCUGUGGACGACGAGUGCCUGGUGAAGCUGCUGAAAGGGUGCUGCCUGAAGAACUUGCAGCGGCCCUUGCAGGCAGAGCUGUGCUUCAACCACGUCAUCCAAAGUGAAAAGCUACUGAAGUAUGACCACUACCUAGUGCCAUUUACUCUGUUUGAGUUGGCCUUUUUGUACAAAAGCCAAGGGGAAAUUGACAAGGCCAUAAAGACCCUAGAAACUGCAAGAAACAACUACAAAGAUUACUCCAUGGAGUCCAGACUACACUUUCGAAUUCAGGCAGCUCUUCACCUGUGGAAAAAAACUUCCUCAGAUUGAUCAGAACAUGAAGGAUGGAAUUUUCCCUCAGCACUGGCAUCUGCUGUAGAUCAGGCCUUUCAUUAAAGUGGAAAAGUGAUCUUGCGAAUGAGAGACAAAAAACUAAUUUUAUUGUCAAUAUUUUCUAUCAUCUCUGUGGUUUACUGUUGAUCUGUGUCUGUGUGUUUUUUUUUUUUUCCUAUGAAACGAUGUUCAAUAUCGAGUACUGUCUAGAAAAUUCUUAUAUUUUGCCUCUCCGAAAAGAAUUUCAUAUUAGAUUUGAAUUGGAGAGUGAAGAAGUCUUUUAAAGGACUCACAAAAUAAUGAAGUCUAAUUAGAUUAUUUAUUUUUUUAAUGUGGUAAUUAAUGUUUAAGUAGCAAAUGGCUUAUAAGUUGAGCCAUUUUUAGGUUUGUUGGUCAGAGAUAUUUUGUUGCUUAGUAUUUAAAUGUAAGAGGGGAAAUAAAAAUCACCUACAUUCAAAAAAGAUUAACAAUAACCUGAAGUGUCCUGAAUAAGACACUUAUUGGGUGCAGUGGGUGUGAAUAGGGACAGGAUAAUGUCCUUAAUAGGAUGAAGGGAACUAUAUCUAGAAAAGAUGGUGACAUAUUAGGUUUUGUUUUGUUUUGUUUUUUAUUCUUCAUGUAUGUUAAAGGUAGUGACAUUUUUGAGAGACUACCCUUUUUUUUUGAAUGUACUUAAGUCUGUUAUAAUAACAAAAUUCAAAAAACUAAAGGGAAGAUAAGUCAUAUUUUAGAAAUUAUCCUCAACCUUAGCAAUGAGAGUCUACAAUACAUAUGUUGGUUAUUUUUGUCUAUAGGAAGUAAAUUUCCUGCUGCUUUAAAUGAUAUGUAAAAUAUCAAUAAUUUUUAUACUCGUGAUGUUGGUGAGUGAGAUCUAAUUUUCUAAUCUCUCUAGCACUGUGAUGGUUCCUUGUAAAUAGCCGGACUGUGCUUCGUCCUUGAACUAGGAAACACAAUCAGGACAGGAUGCAGCGGAGAGCCUGGCUCUGCUACUGAUUAGCGGUCAUUGGGGUGACCUUUAGGGAGCCCCCUGCUCUCUGUAUCAGUGUAUUUUCCUCAUCUGUGAAAUGGCAAAAGCACAGAUGUCUUUCUAGGUCUCUCUCAGUUUUAUAACGGUCAGUCUGUGUAUUAGGUAUUUUCAGCAAACAAUGUCAAGCUGUUCAGCCCAAACUAUUUCCACAAAGUAUGUGUCCUGUUUUGCAGUCAUCACUGUCUGCCCCCACUUCCGCCAUUUGUGUGUACUGGGGCUAAUGACAAGAUGGCAUCCAGGGCGAGGAAAGACAAUUCAUGGAUCCAUGGAUCAGGGUUUUGUCCUAUUUCUAUUCUGUGUUGAAGAAUAACUUACAUGGAAGCUGGAAGCCUCUGCAGUUUAACAGAAACAGCCCCAGAUUGGGAGUCAGGAGCCCGUCUCUGUUAGUCCGUUGUUCCUUGACAUGGAGCAAGUCUCAUCCUUUCUGGGACUCCGUCUCCCCAGUGGGGAUAGCAGCGCAGUGCUUGGUGCUUGCGACGGCUCGAUUAGAUAAUGCAUAUGAUGGCUUUUUGUAAACUGCGAGAGGCUAUGGGUUGCUGUAAUAAUUCUGAUUUUUAUGCACUGAUUACAAUAUCAACACAAAAGUAUUGGCUGAGUUUGUGGUCUCUGAUGUAAAAUGAAAGAAAUGUGUGAAAUUCAGACACCUUUAAAUUUAUUCAUGUGUCUGGCAUAACCCAGAUUAUGAACUUGCUCGUUACUGUUUGUUUCCUGCUACGUAAUUCUGUACCUAGCAGGUAUUUGGUCUUGUUUUCUUAUUAGGUACUAAUUCUUGACCAAUGCUGAGGCUGUCUUUCC